GUCUUUCUCUCUCUCUCUCUCCCUUUUGUACUAAUUUGUUUGACUCAUCACAGACGUGAGUUAAGGAUUCUGUUCGUAGAAACUUGUAAACCGUUUCUUUGAAAAACUUAAAGCUCCAUCAAUGGAUGCCCACAGCCGCCAGUUGAACCAGCAAGUGUUCGUCAAUUUCCGUGGCGAGGAGCUGCGGUGUGGUUUCGUCAGCCAUCUCGUGGAAGCUCUGCAGAGACAUGGGAUCAAUGUUUUCAUAGACAAACACGAGAGAAUCGGCGAAGAUCUCACCAAUCUCUUCGCAAGGAUCGAGGAGUCGACCAUAGCAUUAGUCAUAUUCUCCAGGAGGUACACGGAGUCCAGAUGGUGUUUAGACGAGCUCGUUAAAAUCAAGGAACGUACAGAUCAAAGACUGCUCAAGGUCAUUCCUAUUUUUUUCAAAGUGGAACCAAUCACGGUUAAACAGCUCAGGGGAGCAUUCGGUGAUCAGUUCAGGGAACGAGAGUGGGAAUAUCGGUGUGAUAAACCAAGAACCGAUAGGUGGAAAGAAGCUUUAGCAUCUGUGUCCUGUAAGAUUGGUCUGACCUUUGACAAGAAAAGUAACGAAAGUAAAUUCGUCAGGAUAAUUGUCAAGGAGGUCAAUAAAAUGCUACAAGGGAAUCUUGGGGAUUUUCCAUUAUCAGGAGGAUUUAGAGAUACUGCUUUUCUAGGAAGUCAGACAUCAACUCAAGAAUCGGUUGACCUAUACAGAGAGAGCAUUAGUCUAGUGCAAGCAAACUCUAACAUUGCAAACCAAGUUGCUGCGGUUUCCAAGUGUUUCACGGACAUCGAAAGUGAGAACCACAUUCUAACGACGCAGUUCGCUGAGUUAACCGAGAGGCUGCGUUCAUUAAACUCUGUCAUCGAAAUGGUGGAGGGAGUCGUAGAGAUUCCUGAUUUUCUGAUGAACCCUUGGCAAAUGUCUUGCUCUUUACAGCCAGUCAUGGCUUCUGCUGAAAUGUUUCAGUACUGAUACUUAUUAUUUGGUUAUCUGGGUCUUUCACUCUUGCAUAAUCAAUCACGUUUUGUUAAUGACUCACUUUUAUAAUUAAUCUCAUUAUAAACUCUU